AAACAGGAGUGUGUGUGUGUCUGUUUGCAAGCAGAGGAGAGUCUCCCCAGUCAGCCUCUCUCUGCUGGUGAGAGGGGUUAACGUCACUGCAGUCUUUUCUGUCCUUUUACCUUUGCGAUUCAUGCCCCGAUUUAGUCCACCAGUUUUGUAAGGAUACAGAAUGCUUCAGUUAUUAGUGGGGUUGUGAAUGUGGUUGCAAAGACUGGGGAUUUCUCAGCUGGGGACUUUGUGACUGAUGAUCUAGAGCUUUUUUAUUUUUGAAUCACUUUUUAAACAGUUGGUGAAUCCAUCCUGUCCGUUUCAGAUGCAACACUGCUGCCCAAGAGUGGUGAACAAAUGUAUUCUUUAGCCAGAGGAGGAUUUGUGAGCUGCUAACCUAUUCCAGCUGAUCAACAAAUCAACUACCCAACCGUGUCAGUAAGGAUGUUUAAUUUCUAUAACUCACACUGGCCUCUGCUGUUGUUUGCCACCCUGUGGAGCCUCAGCUACCCAAGCUUGCUUACCGCUUGGCCGGGCGUCAGUCGAAGAGAGUCCAAGGAUCAGUUGGACCCCAAUGUAAGAGACUGGGGAGACUAUUCAGACCUCCCUCCAGGAAUCGAGCAAGGGUUGGGGUUGGAAGAAGACAGAGAGCAUGGAGACAACAGAGGAGUCGGGGAGACGUCAUUGAUCCUGGCCCCGGAGCUCGAUUUCCUGGGUGACUUUGCAGGUAAAAAGCGACUGUGGGUGAUAACAGCCCCAUCACGCAAUAACCACUACCUUCGAAUGAUGGAGAAACAGCUGGAAGAAAUGGAGCAGAAAGGGCUAAACUGCCGCCUAGCAGAAAGAGACACAUUCAUCAUCACCAUCAUCCAGAAUGCCAUGAUGGAAGGUCGAAUCCAGAAAACAACCUUCCAAGGAGAUGCAACAGUAGAGAGCUUGGACCCUGACACCGUUACCAAACUGCUGCACUACCUGGAGCUUACCAGCCAGGAGCAAGGGUUCACCAUGCUGGUUCUGAAGAAGAACCUUCGGGUCAGCGAGCGCUUCCCUUAUCCAGUCCGCAUUGAGGCGAUUUUGGAGCUCAUUGAUCAGUUCCCCAUGAGGAAGCUGGAGAAGAUGACCAGAAAAGGAUCCAACUUGAGGUGUAAAACCACUAAAAAGAAGAUUGUGAUGAAAAGGAAAAAGAUGAAGAAGAAGAUGGUACUGAGCCCUCAGAAGCGAGGGAAUGUGACUUCUGUGGUAGCACAAAGAAAACCUCCCCUGGACAAAAAAGCGGCCCUAAAGAGUAAGGUCCAGGAUAUACUGAGUGGACGGUCAUUGUUUGUUAUCCGUAAGGGGAGAAAGGACUCGAGCAGUGGUGGUCGGGCCACUUCUAAUCGACAGGAAAAAGUGCACACCUCUCCAUCUGUGUCAAAGAGUGCUGAAGAAGUGAAGAAAGAUAGGCCUGACUCUACUUUGGAAGAAGGAAAGAGAAGACAUGGAGGGAAAAACAGUGAAGAUACAAAAGAGGACAAUGUAAAGGAUCACACACAGGAAAAACAGAGCUCUAAGAAAAAGGGCAAAGGAAAAAAAGGAAAGAAAGGGAAAGGAAGAGGUAAAAAGUCCAACAGAGAGGCCAGUGAGAAGGAUAUAACAGCCCUGAAAGCAUUUUUGGACAGUUUAAAAGGGACAAGAAGGUUAAUGUUGAUCUCAACGCCCAGCAGUGAUGCAACACUGUACAUCCAGCAGAAAGAGGAGAACGAGAAGCAACACUGUGACCUCGCUAUCAGGAAGAUCACUGUGGCGACCAUUGUGGGUGAAGAAAGUGACGCCACACUCACAUUGCAACACCACCAGCUCGAGUCCGAACCUCCACUCAGUGACCAAUCAGAAAAUUUCUCAGAUUCAGGCCUUAUUUCUCUGUUGAGAGCAGAGCUCGGCCUGUCAUCCCCUGACCUCUUUUCCAUGACUGUCUCAGACUACGACAUCAAACCCAAUAGAGUCUUUGAGGCUCCUCCAUCAAGUCCUGCUCUGUUCGAGUACAUUGACAACUUUCCUUCAAGGCGCUCAGAAAAAGAAACGGAGAUGAAGAGUCCUACGGUCUGCUCCAAAAACAAGCAACAGCCUGGAGCUGAUAAUUCACUGCUCAGGUUCAUGUCUAAGAGGAGACUGCUGCUCAUCUCUGCACCCUCAGACGACGACUACUCUUUUCAACAGCAGCUCACUGCGCUAAGUGGACAGGACUGUCACCUGGGUAUUCGCCACUUUGCCAUGUUGAAGCUGACUGGAGCUGGACACAAAGCAUCAGGAACUGUUGAGCUGUUUCCUCUAAAUGGUCACAGUCAGAGUGAAGUUGAGCCUUUAUCCCGUGACACGGUCAACAAUCUGAGAGAACAGCUGAAGAUCAGUAAGGACUAUUUCAGCAUGCUAGUUGUGGGAAAGGACGGCAACGUCAAGGCGUGGUUCCAAUCACCCAUGUGGUCCCUGGACAACAUCUAUGACCUGGUGGACUCCAUGGAGCUCCGCCACCAAGAGGAGAAGCUGCAGAAGAGACUGGGGAUCCACUGCCCCGAGGACAGAGGGAGAGGAGGCAGUGAGGAGGGGCAUUAUCGCGGCUAUGAUGAAGAAGGGGAAGAGGAGACGUACUUGUAUCACCGGUCAGAGGAGUGAUGAGGGGGAGGAGGAAGAAGACGCAGUGGUGUGAAGAAGAGCUACCUAAAUUCUUAAGACGACACAGCAAAUACAUGAACUCAUUCAUGACACACAAGUAAACUAAUAAAUAAAAACCUCAAACAUUCA